CUCCAGUUAGAGACAGAUAUGAAACCUACAGUGAUACUGAUGAUGGUUCUUCUCUGGAACACAGAUCUUCAGGGUCAAAGUGUCAGCCCACCAGAUGAACUCUCAGUCAGACUGGUGAAUGGGACCAGUUCCUGUUCUGGGACAGUGGAAGUCUUUCAUAAUGAACAGUGGUCAGCUGUGUGUAAAUGGGAGUAUGGGGGUUACACAGGGUGGAAGAUGAUCAAUGCUUAUCAAGUGUGUAGAGAGCUGGGCUGUGGGAAUGUUUUUACUGUAUUAACAACACCUUGGUCUGGAGAGAGAAGAGGAGUCAUAGUCGGUGGUUGCACUGGAGACGAAUCUUCUCUUAGAAAGUGUAUGACAGGACGUUCUAGUGACUGUGAUGGUGGACAUUAUUAUCAUGUGACCUGUUCAGAAUCUAUACAGCUUGUUGAUGGAGCUGGUUUCUGCUCUGGGAGGUUGGAGGUGAAGUCCAGUCAGUCCUGGGUCUCAGUGUGUGAAUCUGACUUUGACCAGCAGGAUGCAGAGGUGGUCUGUAGGGAGCUUGGCUGUGGGGUUCCUGUAGAUCUACAGGGGGGGCUCUAUGGAGAAGGUAAGGGUCAGAUCUGGGAUAAAGAGUUCCAGUGUAAAGGAAAUGAGACCUGCCUUCUGGACUGUGACACCUCAGAAAGAAAAAACAACACCUGUCUACCUGGUCAUACUGUUGCACUCACCUGCUCAGAGCCUGAUAAUGUGAGGCUGGUGGGAGAAGCCAGUCGCUGUGCUGGUGGAGUGGAGUUGUACUACCAGCAAGAGUGGAGGACUGUGGGAACUGAUGACAAGGACAAUUAUAGGAAAAAUAUAGCUAAAGUUGUGUGUAGACAGCUGGGUUGUGGCUCCAAUGUUUCUGUAGUACCUGUAAAUACCACUACAGGGACUGGUUUGUACUGUACUGGGUCUGAGCCUGGACUGAGAGAAUGUGCAACUUGGAUGUAUGUUAUACCCCAUUUAUUCACAGUGAUCUGCUCAGAUCUCCUGGUCCAGCCUGAUAUCUACCUGACUGACUCAAUGGGAGGGGUCUUUAGGGGCCACCAGGGACCUGAGAUGUUCAAGGGCUACAACUUCACCAUCACCUGCUCCACUCAGCCACAGUACCCAGGAGGCUCCUUCCUCUUCACGUUCACCGGCUCCAACAGAACCCAGACCCAGACCCAGCCAGCUGUCAAUCACUCAGCUGUCUUCCUCUUCCCUGCUGCAGACGACUCCCACCAAGGAAACUACAGAUGUGUUUAUAACAAUGAUGUUUUCUCUCAUAACUUCUCCUCUGAGGGUCAGCUCCUCUUCCUCACCAUCACAGCCUCUCCUCAUCCAGCCUUCAUCAUCAGACACGUCAUAGUGCUGCUCAUUCUACUGACAGUCAUCAUCACCUCCUGCUUGAACUACAAGUCCAACAGGGGGCAGAAGAGAGUGAACAGGGUGACCAGCAUGGAUCUUCAUGUCAGUACCAAUGUUAUAGAGAUGGUCUCUCUGGACUCCAGAACUGAUGCCGGGCCGGGAGAGGAGACAGCAGUCCAGGAGACAGAGUAG